AAGCCUUCCCAAUAUUCGAAACUGUCGUGUGUAAAAGCGGUUGGCUUCGAACGCGACGUGAUCGAUACGUAACCUUCCCACCGAGGGCUUACGAAGUUGCACGAAACCAGCCGAAAACGGACGAGCAUCGACGAGGUUGGCCGAAGCCCCGUGAGCAAACGACGCGUACAGAAGAACGCGGGGUCUUCUCCGGCUUGGGUUGAAACAGCGUUCGCGUCUACGGGCGCGGCUUUGCCUCUCGAGCUGGCGUUUUAUACGGUAAAAUGUCCUCCCUCGAUUAUCUGGACCUGUGUCGGCUGUGUCUCGUGAAGGACCGUGUUUCGGUGCCGAUUUUCGAUGGCGAGGGAGACGUACGGCAGAUUUUUCUCAAGAUCGCCGCCUGUCUACCGGUGAAGGUUGCCAGAGAAGACAAAUUACCCAAAAAAAUCUGCGAUGAUUGUGUGUAUAAAGUAGAAUUAUUUUAUCAAUUUUGGAAUACAACAGCGAAUGCGGAAAAGCAACUAUUACAAUGGCUAGGCGAAGUUGGAAUGGAAGGCAAACAGGGUUAUGUUACCAAUGUUCUCAAUCCGAAUGUAAUGAAACAAGAACAGAGUACAGAGAACAGGUUAGAUGGCAGUGUGAUGCAGCAAGUAAGCGAGCAUCAAAACAACAUGGGUAUGAGUAUGAUGGACAACAUGGGCCUGGGUAUUCCUAUGAUAAUAUCCAGUGCUAAUCAACAACAAAUAACCUCAGUUCCUAUGGACACAAGUGGCAAUUCUGCACAAACUGUUCAGCCAGUCCCUGGUCCAAGUUCACAAACGACACAUAACCAAAUAUCACAAAAUCAAACAAGUUCUACGCAACAAGAAGAAGAGGACGAGAGUAGCGAGGACGAGGAAAACUCGGAUGAUGAAUGCGAUGGAGAUGAAGGCCUACCUGUAAAGGAAGAGAGCGAAGAAGAUCCCAAUAGUAGAACUAUAGAGCCUACAACCUUUGUAAACGUUUCCUUGGCGUGCGAUGAAGCAGGUCCGUCCGGGUUGCAGCAACAGAAAAUCGCCGACAUGCCUGAGAUUCCAAUGCCACAAACAGCAGAUGGGGAUCCCAAAUCUGGGGUUCUAAACGGGGACGGACGUUUUAUAUACGGCAAGGAAUCGAUUCCCAUGCAACCGUGGCAAAUCGUCGACGUUGAGGGUUGCCUCUACUAUGCCUUCCUUCCAGCAAAUCAGGCUCCAAAGUUUCCAGAACACGAGAAAACGGUCCCGAAAACCACGGAGGAGGUCCCGAAGAACGACACGGAGGAUGCAGAAGAAUCGAUCCUGUUCCCAACGGACGAGAAACCGUCCCCUUGUUCCACGACUACCGACAAUCUCUGCAAGGUGAAGAUAAAGAAAGAAGACGUGGGGGAUGCCGCGAUGAACGAGGACCUUUACAACGACGACAGCAAAGUGUACGCCUGCGAGGAGUGCAACAUAUGCUUCCCAGUGGUGCAGAUGUUGAAGCGUCACAGGAACGCUGUUCACGAUCAAGCUCAGAGGUACAAAUGCAAGGUCUGCUACAAGAUCUGUCGCAGUCUGGUGGCGUUCAAAAUGCACGUGGCCCUCGAACACAAAACCGAGGACCAGGAGCUGAAGGACGAGGAUAGUUUGACCUACGCCUGUAAUUUCUGCAAUUACGAGAGCACCAAUAAGUCCACCCUCCACUCCCACAUCAGCAGGAAGCACUCCGCCAAGCGGAUGGCCACCAGCAAGACCAGCUACAGAUACGCAGCUGAACCUGAGGAGUAUUCCUGCGACGUCUGCGAGUUCAAAUGUCAGAAUCGGCGCAGACUGAAGGAGCACCUCGAGCGGAAACACGCGUCCGAGUACAAGUACGAUUGCGAGUACUGCGGAAAGAAGUUCAAAGUGAAGGGCGACAUGAGGCUUCACGUUCGUUUCAAACACAAAGAAGGACCCAUCGUCUGCGACGUCUGCGGGAAGACCUGCUCCAAUAGCAACUCCCUCUACGUCCACCAAAAGUGGGCUCACUUCAAGCCCAAGUACGAGUGCGAGAUCUGCAAGAGGCGCAUGGUCACCCAGGAGAAUCUUGACCAGCACAUACUUCUUCAGCACGAAAGGCGAGAGAGCUUCGUUUGCGAAGAAUGCGGCAAGUCCUUCACUGAGAAUCAUCGACUGAAGCAACACAUGAUGACCCACACUGGUGACAGACCUUACGAUUGCCACAUAUGCGGCAAAGCUUUCGCUCGUCGCACAGCCUACAGACAGCACUUGCUCAUCCACACGGGAAAACGUCCGUAUAUCUGUGAUAUCUGCGGCAAAACGUUCACGCAGAAGCCUGGCUUGAUCUGCCACAGGAAGUCGCACCCUGGCGUGCAUCCUCCGUUACCUGUGGUCCACAUCGAACACAUUCUCAGUGAUUUCAUGAAAAAAGAAUGCGUAGCGGCUGUUUACCAUGCAGAUGCCAAUAAAUAUGAUAAGCUUUUGCGUACAAAAAAUCCAAUGCUACCAUUUCGAGAUCCUUUUACCAGCAAGCAGGAACCAGUGGAACUUAAAUCAUCGAUCGCCGAGGCAUCGAGGGAGAAUUCCAAGAGUUCGUCCACUUGCAACGUCUGCCACAAGCAGUUCAAAAAGAAGUACCUGCUGAAGCGACACAAGCUCGUGCACGAGAAUCAAAAAAAGAAAGCCGCGCAGGACGUGUCUUUCAAUCAGUCGAUGUCUCAGAAACAAGAAGCUUUGUCCUGUAUGAGCUGCGAUUUCAGGUGCAACAAGAGAACGACCAUGAUUGCUCACCUGGCUCAAAAUCACGAAGGUUCCAGUAAGAGCAAGUUCACCAGCAGACGAAAAUUCGCUUGCAUAAUCUGCGGUCUGAUCUGCUCGCGCAAAGAAACUUUGCGUUCCCACUUCGUACGCAAACACACGCACCGCUAUGAGUUCUCCUGCGAACACUGCGGCAAAGAGUUCAAGAUCAAGGGCGAUCUGACCACACACAUGCGGCUCAAUCAUCGCGAGCCGCCAGUGAUAUGCGACGUGUGCGGGAAGACCUGUCGAAACAGCCAUAGUCUGUACACUCACCAAAAGCACGCUCAUUAUAAGGCGAAGUACGAGUGUCCAGUCUGCCAUAGGAGACUGGUCACCAAAGAGAACCUCGAUCAGCACGUGCUGACCCAACACGAGAAGAAGGAGAAGUGCGUGUGCGAAGAAUGCGGCAAGACAUUCUUCGAGAGCCACGACUUCAGGAAACACAUGAGAAUCCACACGGGCGACAAGCCUUACAGCUGCACUGUAUGUUCCAGAGCGUUCACCACGCACAGCAGUCUCAGUCAACAUCUCCUUCUGCACACUGGCGAGAGGAUUUACGUCUGCGACGUUUGCGGCAAGUCGUUCGCUCAGAAAGCUGGCCUGAUAUGCCACAGGAAGAUACACUCUGGAACCUUGCCUCCUCUCCCUGUGAUGCACAUUGAUCACAUCCUGAAGGAGUUUAUGAAGAAGUAUGGGCUCGAUAGCCUCAACUCACGCGGUAUCUUUAUCUUCGACAAGGAGUCGAUGGUUAUGAAAAAAUGGCAGAUCCUGGAGUUCGACGGGAAGCCCUACUACGCUUUUGUACCUGAAGGCGACACGCCGAUGGCCGAGGAAGACAUACCGGAGCAGUUGGACGAGUCGAGGACGGAAGAGGAGAAGCAGGAACUGGUGAAAGUGGAAUGUCUGUACAACGACGAGGACCUGCAGUACGAUUCGACAGACGAGAAACUGUACGAAGAGCAUUUCCUGAACGGUGAACCCGAGCAGAGAGAAGAGGAAGAGGAGGAGGAGGAGGAGGAGGAGGAGGAGGAGGAGGAGGAGGAGGACGUGAAACCAAUACUCCUGAAUGGCUCCAUCGAGGACGAGAACGACAAGUUCGGAGACCUGUACCAGGUCAAGGUUCAAGGUAGUAUGGUGACCAUAGAGAGACUUACGGGUGAGAUCGACGUGAAGGCGAUCGAGUACCAACAGAACACGGAAGAAGAGGUAAUAUACAACGAACAGGAACAGCUCGACCCAGGAGACCAGACCGACCAAGUGGAGCAGGUGGAAUACUUGGAAGAAGCGAUCCUAGAGGCCGCCAACAAUCGCACAACGCCGACAAAAACGCGCAGGAAGAUCUCUAGGAACUCCGGAGGCGCCCUGAAGUGUAAGGUAUGCUCGGAGAUGUUCAGCUCGGCGAUCUCGUUCAGGAAGCACGUGGCGUGGACGCACAAGAAGAAGGUCUGCAUUCAAGAAGACGGCGCGUACAUUUGCGCCGUAUGCGACUACAGGACCCUGAAGAAGAGUCUGUUCGCUGCUCACUUGGAGAGAAAGCACGAGACGUGGUCCAGGAAGCGGCCCAAUAAUAUGCUGUUCCCCUGCGCAGCCUGUGGCUUCGUCUGCAGGUCGAAGCACUCGCUGCAGUCCCACUUCAUCCGCAAGCACACGGAUCGGUACGAGCACCAGUGCAAGUUCUGCCCGAAGAAGUUCAAAGUAAAGGGCGACCUGACCAACCACGUUCGAUUCCAUCACAAAGAGAAACCAAUCAACUGCGACGUCUGUGGAAAACUCUGCCAAAACAGCGGCUCCCUCUAUGUUCACCAAAAGUGGGCGCAUUAUAAACCCAAAUUCGAGUGCCAUAUAUGCAAAAGACGCAUGGUUACGCAGGAGAACUUGGACCAGCACUUGCUGGCGCAACACGAGAAGAGGGAGAAGAUCGUAUGCGCCGAGUGCGGUAAGACGUUCACGAAGAAGGACUCGUUCAAGAGGCACAUGGCGGUUCACACGGGGUGCAAGCCACAUUCCUGCCUCAUCUGCAGCAAACCUUUCGCCAGGAGGUCCCAGCUACGUCAGCAUCUGCUCAUUCACACCGGGAAGAGGCCAUUCGUUUGCGAUAUCUGCGGCAAGGCGUUCACACAGAAACCUGGACUGAUUUGUCACAGGAAAACGCAUCCAGGUCCGCAUCCUCCGUUACCCGUGAUGCCCAUCGCGGACAUCGUGAAGGAAUUCACGGAAGGAUACGUACAGGAGAUAAACGCGCGCGAGAACGAGGAAAGAAUCGAGGAGGAGUCAUAGAGGGUCGUGUCCGUCGAUCUUGUUUUUGGGAAUCGGUCUUGAUUCGAUUUGGGUGACGUUGUUCGCUUGCUCCGGUUAAUCGCGUCUUAACGAUCUAGGAAACUGUGCGACUACUACGAUUUCAGUUUGUUUGCAUAUCGGUACGGUCAAUAUACGUGGAAAUUUUGGCGAACGCGAGGUGUCGGUAGGAAAGUUUUAUCGUGGAGACCCACUUUCGUCCACGUUGCAUCUACUCGUUGUUGAAGGGUAAAUGAUAACUGAUAAGGGAACGUGAGCAGCUGUGACGAGCGCUUUUCGGUGAACUUCUGAUAAUAGUUGAAAUACUGAAGUUAAUGGUAUAUACGUUUAAGGGUAGAUAAUUAAUGUUGAAGUCUUGAUUGAUUUUGUAUCUGAGAUGAUUCAAACACACUUGGCAGGUGAACUCGGUGGAUAUCUAUGUCUGCUUGCUAAAUAGGUGCUAUUUUUAUUUAAUCUCGUUUGAUCAAUGCUUAAUUUUAUUGCUGCAUACUUUGUUUAUUAUGUAUAUCCUACACCCUGCACUAAAAUAUCGUGCAUUAAAUUGUGAAUCAUAUUCGAUCAGUGAGUUAAUUUUCGAAUUACAUUCAAUUAAUAAUUAGUUAUGUUUAUGGCUUACGAAAUAGAUUUAUUCGAUCAGUAGGUGUUACAUUUGCAAUGUAUGUAAAAUUAUUUUUCUGCCAAUGAUGUUUACAUAACCAUUAAUUACUGAAGCAUUAAUUGUCUUCGCUUAAAAUCGGACAUGAGAAGUCACAGAAUAAAUGAACGUCACAUUUGAGUAUGUUUCCUCGACAGAGAAAUAAGGGUUUUAUUAUAAAUUUUUGUUUCAAAUUUUAGUUACUCCAAAUGUUACUAUUAUUGUUAUUAUUAUUACUAUUAUUAUUACUACCACUACUAUUAUUUCGUUAAUCAUCACACAAUUCUCUGCGACAUUAUCAUUACUAUUUUAACGAUUUAGAAAAAAGAUAAGAAUUUUCUUAGUAUAACCGUGUAUGACUCAUUAUCUUUAAUGCUGAGGUAUAUGCUUAUAUUCUAAUAACUGUCUCUAUAAAGAAAAUUUAAGUAAUUAAUAUUAUUAAUAAUAUAAUUGUAUUUCGUAACAGUAAAAUUUGUUCGUACGUAUCGUAUAAAAUGUGGACAGUUUAUAGGCUCAAAAUUGAUAAACAAGUGGAUGCUUCAACAACGAGUAAACGUAAUAUUUCCGUAUCGUUUAAUUUACGUUAACGUUCGAUUUGAAAUGAAUGAAAUAUAUUGCAUAGAAAAUAAGAAAUACAGAACUCCAAGACAAUUUAUAUAUCAUCAAGAUCGGAGGAUUAAAGACACGGAAUAGUGAACAAUAAUUAUUUUUAGACAUAUUGCAUAUAAUUGUAAGUAUAGAGGUUUAAGAUGUACAAUAUAAUAACAGCCUUGUAAAUUUAAGAUUUACAGAACACAAUGUACUCAUUCGAAUUUUCCUUUUAACGAACCAUGUAAAGUCUAUACAAGUUUACCUUAAAACGUUUUAAGCAGUUUCAUUGUUGAUGACAAAUUAUAACUGAUAUUAUACAAAAAUAGUUUCGUCUACCGACUGUAAAAAUCGCAGUUGAGUUGUAUAAAUGAUCCAGUUGGUUGAAUUUCCUGGUAAUAUAUCGUACAAUUCGUGUAUAUCAUAUAAUAGGAUCGUUUCUGAUAGCGAUCAAUAAGAUCCACUCUAAAUAAAAUUCAAAAUAACUGACUAAUCUUCUUCGAGGCUGAAGCGACGUGAAAUUAACAUUUUCUAUUUGGAUGCAGCGCAAUACUUCCGCUGAGAUCGGUUUAUCCCUUCGUGGAGCUUUCUGCUUCUAUCGUACGAUAAAGACUUCUCAGCAUCCAGAGAAAUUGGAUCAUUGCUCGCGUAUUAUGAAUUAGUUCACUCCGUGGACUUGAUACAUAGGCGUAGCAAUGUAUAAGGUGAUCUAAAAAAGAGAGCUGACAGUUUCGGGGGUAUGUAGUACUGUUGAAUAUAAAUAAAAUGUUUCCAGUUAAUAUAGGAGUGCAAAUUAUAUCUAAUUUCUGUUCUGAGUUGAAUCAAAUUCUUUUGACUGUUCGAGGCCAUUUCCCUUACUCUGAAUCACAUCAGGUACAACUCCUUCUUUUCCACACAGCCUGGUACGUGAACAAAUUGUUAUGAUGUUGUUUGAUCUUGGUAUAAUAUCUACCAAAGAAAAAUUAGUACAUUUAUUUCGUUAAUAUAGUCUAAGCGUAUAUAAAGAAGUUAUUAAAGAAGUGGAUUUAUAAGUUGCACAAAAAAGAGUAAUAGAGAACGAAGUAGUUAGGCUGGUAUAGUGAGGGGUUGCUCCUAGAUGGCCUUGAGUCAUUAUCGAUCUUUUCCCGACUAUAGAACAGAUAGCACUAAUUUCAUUUAAUUAAUUUGCGAAUUCAUAUUAACUGGACAUUUUUUUUAAAUAGUUUCCCAAGUACGCUGUACUCUAAAUUCUUCGACUUUCCCUCUCCUCCAUUCCUAUCAUCCUGCAUCUAGAUUUUAUCUUCUCCGCGAACUAGUCCUCGUAAAAAUAACUGGAACGCAACAGAAGCACCGUGUCCAUGUAAAUCAGUGAAAAAAGAAGCUCACGUGAAAGAAAGCACGCCGAUAACGGCUAUUUUUCUAAAAUCAAUACCUUAGCGUACUGCGUUCGCAAGAACACGUACAUGCUGUGUAUAGCUUUGAGUUUGAAAUAAAUAUUUUUACUGAG